AUGGCGACGUCGACGAUGACGGAGGCGGCGGAGCGCGAGACGUUGUUACGCGCGCGCGGGGACGACGCGGCGGAGGUAUCGGAGCGAAGUGAGACGCGCCGUGAGUUCGUGCGCGUGGCGUUGGUGUUGGUGUCGUGCGCUUUGGUGUUGGGCGUCGUGAGCGCGUUCACGGGCGUGAACGCGGGCGCGAACGCGGGCGCGAAAGCGGUGAACCAACGCCUUGGGGCGGCACCGGUGAAAUCGUUCGCGUGGUUGAUCCAAGGGAAGGACGCGCCGGGGGAGUAUCAGCGGUGGGCGAGCGACGCGAGAGACGUGUUCGAGUUGGCGUACAUGGCGGACGACUCGAUCGAGAAGGGCGAUCCGUUUCGAUUUCACGUUCCGGGGACGAAUUGGGCUACGGGGAGGAACGCGUUGAUGGAGCGUGCGGUGAGGCAUGGGCUCGAGCGCGAGGAUGGGAGCGACGGAUACGAGUAUUACGUCUUCAUCGACGAUGAUUUACCAGCAAUGAUGAAGCCAAAUGCGACGGAGUACAUGGCGGCGUUCGAACGAGAGCUCAUGAACAAGCGACCGAUGGUGGCGUACACGCCGUCCUCAAAAGGUUGGGCCACCGGGCGGGCGAGAGGCGACCCUCGUGGACGUCACGGGCACGACAUCGUGGGACCGAAUUUUUACGAUCCCAACCUUCAGGCGUUCCAUACAUCCACUCUCGGGUUGUUACUCCCGAUCGACGCGUCUAGAGACUCGCCGUGCGUGGGAUUUUCGUCGAUGACGACGCACUUGAUGAGUUUCGCGUUCUUCUCGCACGGUAUCGUCGGAUUUCAAUCGCGCGACAUUCUUCUCAACCCGCACGAGGAGCAUGCGCACGGAGGCGACGAGCCGCAUGCGACUAAGUACCGAGCCGACAAAACAUGCGGAGCCGUGGUCUCCAUCAACAACGCCCACCCGACAACACAACCGGCAAAGUACCUCGCCAAGGCGCUCAUUGGGCCGCAGUCUAGACCAGCACUGCACGAGGCAACGCGAGCGACUGGCGGGAAGACGCCGAUUCGAUUCAUGCCGAAGUGCGCUGAGCGAGUCCCGGUGCAUCGUCAUCGCGCCAAUCCCAAGUGGAUCAACGCCAACAUCGAUUCGAAGCACCCCAUGCACUCACUACUCUUGGGAUUCAUGGAGAAAUUUCCCUCGCUCUUCCCGGACGACGCCGACUUUUACGUGGACAAACCGUGGUGCUGA